CUGCUUCACCCAGCUGGUGCUCAGCGCCCUGCCCCACGCGCUCCUCGCCGUGCUCAGCGCCUGUCACUGGGGCUCCCCGAGGACUCCAGAUUACAUCCUACCCUGCAGUCCUGGCUGGCGCCUCCGACUUGCAGCUGCCUUCAUGCUCUCCAUUUUCCCGCUGCUAGACCUUCUUCCAGUUCUUCUGCCACCAGGAGCGGGCCCAGGUCCCAUAGGGCUGGAGGUGCUGGCAGGGUGCGUGGCAGCGGUGGCCUGGACCAGCCACAGCCUGGCCCUGUGGGUAUUGGCGCAUUCCCCUAGUGGCUGCUCCCGAGGGCCCUGUGCUUUGGCAUUGGCAGCCUUCUUGCCUGCCCCUGCCCUGGUGCUGACUCUGCUGUGGCAUUGCCAGAAAGACACCUUUCUGCCCCCGCUACGCCCAGGGCCCCUGGCCCGUCUGUGUCUUCUCAUUCUGCAGCUGGCAGCAGUCUUGGCCUAUGGCCUGGGCUGGGCAGCCCCUGGGGGGCCACCGGAGGAACCCUGGACUCAUGAGCCCUUCCUUUCUUCUGGGGGCAGAGAACCCGAGGUGGCUGAGGAUGGAGAGAGUUGGCUGUCACGCUUUUCUUAUGCCUGGCUGUCUCCCUUGCUGGCCCGUGGGGCUCGUGGAGAGCUGCGGCAGCCCCAAGACACUUGCCAUCUGCCCCACAGGCUACACCCGGCCUAUGUGGCCCGUGUCUUCCAGGCACACUGGCAGGAGGGGGCCCGGCUGUGGAGGACCCUGUAUGGGGCCUUUGGGCGGUACUACCUGGUCCUUGGCCUACUGAAGCUGGUGGGGACCAUGCUGGGAUUCUCAGGGCCACUGUUGCUGUCCCUGCUGGUAGGCUUUUUGGAGGAAGGGCAGGAGCCACUGAGCCAUGGUCUGCUCUAUGCCCUGGGGCUAGGUGGUGGUGCAGUGCUUGGUGCUGUGCUACAGAAUCAGUAUGGCUAUGAGGUGCAGAAGGUGAGACUGCAGGCCUGGGGCGCUGUGCUAAAUGUCCUGUACCACAAGGCUUUGCACCUGGGGCCCAGCCGCCCUCCUGCCGGGGAGGUGCUCAACCUGCUGGGCACCGACUCCACACGGCUGCUUAACUUCACUGAGAGCUUCCACGAGGCCUGGGGGCUACCCUUGCAGCUGGCCAUCACCCUUUACCUGCUGUACCAGCAGGUGGGCUUGGCCUUUGUGGGUGGUCUGGUCUUGGCACUGCUGCUGGUUCCUGUCAACAAAGUAAUUGCCACCCGUAUCAUGGCCAGCAACCAGGAGAUGCUGCAGCACAAGGAUGCAAGGGUUAAGCUCAUGACAGAGCUGUUGAGUGGCAUUCGAGUCAUCAAGUUCUUCGGGUGGGAGCGAGCGCUGGCAACCCGGGUAGAAGCCUGCCGGGCCCAAGAGCUGGGGCAGCUAAGGAUCAUCAAAUACUUAGAUGCAGCCUGUGUGUACCUGUGGGCUGCCCUGCCAGUUGUCAUCUCCAUUGUCAUCUUCAUCACCUAUGUCCUCAUGGGGCACCAGCUUACUGCCACCAAGGUAUUCACAGCCCUGGCCCUGGUGCGCAUGCUUAUUCUUCCCCUCAACAACUUCCCCUGGGUCAUCAAUGGCCUCCUGGAGGCCAAAGUGUCCUUGGACCGGAUCCAGCAUUUCCUGGACCUUCCAGUCUACAACCCUCAAGCAUACUACAGCCCAGAGCCCCCCUUGGAACCAUCUACAGUACUGGAGCUACAUGAAGCUGUGUUCUCCUGGGACCCUGCUGGAACCAGCCAGGAGACCUUCAUCAGUCACCUUGAAGUGAAAAAGGGAGCGCUGGUGGGCAUCGUGGGCAAGGUGGGCUGUGGGAAGAGCUCGCUGCUAGCUGCAAUCACAGGGGAGCUGCACAGGUUGCAUGGACGGGUCACGGUAUGGGGGCUGUCCAAAGGCUUCGGCCUGGCCACCCAGGAGCCCUGGAUCCAGUUGGCCACCAUCCGAGACAACAUCCUCUUUGGGAAGAGGUUUGAUGCCCAGUUGUACAGAGAGGUGCUGGAGGCCUGCGCCCUCAAUGAGGACCUGAGUGUUCUGCCUGCUGGAGACCAGACCGAGGUCGGGGAGAAGGGUGUCACCCUCAGCGGAGGACAGCGGGCCCGGAUUGCCCUUGCUCGAGCUGUGUACCAGGAGAAGGCACUCUACCUCCUCGACGACCCCCUGGCUGCUGUGGAUGCAGACGUGGCCAGCCACCUGCUGCACAGGUGCAUCCUGGGAGUGCUGAGCCAUACAACACGGUUGCUGUGCACUCACCGCACUGAGUAUCUGGAGAAGGCCGACCUGGUGCUGCUCCUGGAGGAUGGGCGCCUCGUCCAGGCUGGGCCUCCCUCUCAGAUUCUGCCAUUGGUGCAAGCUGUCCCCAAAACCCGGGCUAAGGAUGGACAAGAGCCUGGCUCAGCCAGGGCCUUGUUGGUACAGAGCCUGGAGGACAAGGAGAAGGGUCUGGAGGCUGAGCAGAGCAGCUGUGGCCGCCUGCUGCAGGAGGAGAGCAAGAAGGAGGGUGCUGUGGCCUUGCAUGUGUACCGAGCAUAUUGGAGGGCCGUGGGCUGCAUCAUGGCCCUUGCCACUCUCUUCUCUCUGCUCCUCAUGCAAGCCACACGCAACGGUGCAGACUGGUGGUUGUCUUACUGGAUCUCCCAGCUGAAGGCAGGAGGGAAUGGCUCUGGGGAGGUGCUCGCUUCUGCCACCCAGAGCCCCUCGAGGCUCUUCUCCCCGCAGCUGCUCCUCUUCUCCCCUGGAAGCCUCUGCACCCCAGUGUUCCCACUGCCCAAAGCCACCCCCAGUGGCUCCUCUGACCUCCGUUUCUACCUCACCGUGUACGCGACCAUUGCUGGCAUCAAUUCACUCUGCACACUUCUCAGAGCAGUGCUCUUCGCGGCAGGCACCCUCCGAGCAGCUGCCACCCUGCACUGCCGCCUGCUGCAGCGAGUCCUUCAGGCGCCUGUAUCUUUCUUCGACUCCACACCCAUGGGCCGGGUGGUGAACCGCUUCUCCUCUGACGUGGCUUGUGUGGACGACAGCUUGCCCUUCCUCCUCAACAUCCUGCUCGCCAACGCAGUGGGUCUGCUGGGCCUCCUGGUCAUGCUGGGCUUUGGCCUGCCCUGGCUGCUGCUGUUGCUGCCACCGCUCAGCAUCAUGUACUACCGUGUGCAGCGCCACUACCGGGCCUCCUCACGAGAGCUGCGGCGCCUGGGCAGCCUCACGCUGUCCCCACUCUACACCCACCUAGCCGACACCUUGGCUGGUCUCCCUGUGCUCCGGGCAGCUGGGGCCACCUACAGGUUCGAGGAAGAGAACCAGCGACUGCUGGAGCUGAACCAAAGAUGCCAGUUUGCUUCCUGCGCCACAAUGCAGUGGCUGGACAUCCGGCUGCAGCUCAUGGGGGCAGCAGUGGUCAGCGCCAUUGCGGGCAUUGCCCUGAUACAGCACCGGCAGGGCCUUGCUAACCCAGGACUGGUGGGGCUCGCGCUGUCCUACGCCCUGUCCCUCACUGGGCUGCUCUCGGGCCUGGUGAGCAGCUUCACAAAGACAGAAGUCAUGCUGGUGAGCGUGGAGCGGAUGGAGGAGUACUCCUGUGACCUGGCCCAGGAGCCCCAGGGCCACCUGCUGCAGGCCACCAGCUGGCUGACCCAGGGGAGCGUGGAGUUCCAGGAUGUGGUGCUGGUGUACCGGCCAGGGCUGCCCCCCGCCCUGGAUGGGGUGACCUUCCGUGUACAGCCUGGAGAGAAACUGGGCAUUGUGGGCCGCACGGGCUCCGGAAAGUCGUCCCUGUUCCUGGUGCUGUUUCGGCUGGUGGAACCCAGCGCAGGGCGGGUGCUGCUGGACGACACGGAUACCAGCCAGCUAGAGCUGGCCGAACUCAGAUCCCAGCUAGCUAUCAUCCCCCAGGAGCCCUUCCUGUUCAGUGGGACUGUUCGGGAAAACCUGGACCCCCAGGGCCUGCAUGAGGACAGGGCUCUGUGGCAGGUCCUGGAGCAGUGCCACCUGAGCGAGGUGGUCAUCUUCAUGGGUGAGUGCUGUCCCCUGCAGAGAGCAGGGAUGAGAGGGAGGCCCACACUGAAGGCUCUGUGCCCUGCAGGUGGCCUGGACAGUGAGGUGGGUGAAGGGGGCCGGAACUUGUCCCUGGGACAGAGGCAGCUGCUCUGCCUGGCCAGGGCUCUCCUCACAAAUGCCAAGAUCCUCUGUAUCGAUGAAGCGACAGCGAGUGUGGACCAGAAGACAGACCAGCUGCUGCAGCAAACCAUCUGCCAACGCUUUGCCAACAAGACAGUGCUGACCAUUGCCCACAGGCUCAACACAAUCCUGAACUCGGACCGCGUGCUGGUGCUCCAUGCAGGGAAGGUCGUGGGGCUGGACUCCCCCACCGCCCUGUGUGACCAAGGACACUCAGUGUUCCGGCAGCUGUUGCAGAGUGGCCUGGAGGGAGCUGCCGCCCCUCCUGGGCACCCUGAGCCCCGGGUUGUGGCCCCAGAACUGUCCCCUCCCUCUGAGCAGCAGGGCUAGUGCAGAGGUGCUAGCCAUUUGUUUUUAUUCUCCAAGGCUCUACCUCUCCCCACUGCCCAGAGGGGACAGGGACACUGGUGUCUUCUAGGGAACCAUUUCUGGAGGGGGCGGCAUCAAGGGCCAAGGCCUCUCCCGGACCAGGCCUCUGUCCCGGCAGCCCUCAUCUCAGACUCUAGGGGUGAGGAAGGACAGCUGCAGUCUGAAGUGUGGAGGAGGUGAAGAUGGGGCUGGGAGCCCCCACCACCAUCACAGCGCCG